CUUCUUCUUCUUCUUCUUCUACUGUCACAAACACCGCUGCUGCUCCUCUGCUUCAUCACUACUUCUACUCUUCCUCCUGCUCCUCUUCCUCAUCUUCGUCUUUCUCCUCUCCCUCAUCAACUUCUCCUUCUAGUUCUUCAUCGUCUUCAUCGUCUUCACCUCGUCUACUUUAACUCUUUCUCCUCUCCUUCCUCAAGUUCUCCUUCUCCUUCUAGUUUGAGUUCUCCUUCUACCUCAUCAACUUCUUCCUCCUCUUCCUCCUCGUCCUCCUCGUCUUCCUCUUCCUCCUCGUCCUCCUCUUCCCCCCGGGUCACCAUGGCGACGGUCAUCUGUACCCGUUUCACCGAGGAGUUCCAGAUGUACGAGGAGCUGGGGAAGGGAGCGUUUUCCGUGGUGCGCCGCUGUGUGAAGGUUCUGUCGGGACAGGAGUACGCCGCCAAGAUCAUCAACACCAAGAAGCUCACCUCCAGAGAUCAUCAGAAGCUGGACCGUGAAGCUCGGAUCUGUCGGUUACUGAAGCACCCGAACAUCGUGCGGCUCCAUGACAGCAUCUCAGAAGAGCUUCAUCAUUACCUCAUCUUCGACCUGAUAACAGGUGGAGAGUUAUUCGAAGAUAUUGUAGCCCGAGAGUAUUACAGUGAAGCUGACGCCAGUCACUGUAUCCAGCAGAUUCUGGAGGCCGUGCUUCACUGUCACCAGAUGGGCGUCGUCCACCGAGACCUGAAGCCAGAGAACCUGCUGUUAGCAUCGAAGUCUAAAGGAGCCGCGGUGAAACUCGCCGACUUCGGCCUUGCCAUCGAGGUCGAAGGAGAACAGCAGGCGUGGUUUGGCUUUGCAGGGACCCCGGGUUACCUGUCCCCGGAGGUUUUGAGGAAGGAUCCUUACGGGAAAGCAGUGGACCUCUGGGCCUGUGGUGUGAUUCUCUACAUCUUAUUGGUCGGUUAUCCUCCGUUCUGGGAUGAAGAUCAACAUCGUCUCUAUCAGCAGAUCAAAGCUGGAGCCUAUGAUUUCCCGUCCCCUGAGUGGGACACGGUGACUCCUGAAGCCAAAGACCUGAUCAACAAGAUGCUGACCAUCAACCCAGCCAAGAGGAUCACAGCAGCUGAGGCCCUGAAGCACCCCUGGAUCUCUCAUCGCAGCACCGUGGCUUCCUGUAUGCACAGACAGGAGACGGUCGAGUGUCUGAAGAAGUUCAACGCCAGGAGGAAGCUGAAGGGAGCCAUCCUCACCACCAUGUUGGCCACCAGGAACUUCUCAGGAGGGAAGAGCGGCAACAAGAAGGCCGACGGAGUCAAGGAAUCAUCUGAGAGCACCAACACCACCAUCGAGGACGAAGACACCAGAGUGAGGAAGCAGGACAUCAUUAAAGUGACGGAGCAGCUCAUCGAGGCGAUCAGCAACGGAGACUUUGAGAGCUACACUAAGAUGUGCGACCCCUCUGUGACGGCCUUUGAACCCGAGGCUCUGGGGAAUCUGGUCGAAGGCCUGGACUUCCACCGCUUUUAUUUUGAAAACUUGUGGUCUAAGAACAGUAAGCCGGUGCACACCACCAUCCUGAACCCUCACAUCCACCUGGUGGGCGAGGAGGCCGCCUGCAUCGCCUACAUCCGGGUCACUCAGUACAUCGAUGCUAACGGCACGCCCCGCACCGCCCAAUCAGAAGAGACCAGAGUCUGGCACCGCCGGGACGGGAAGUGGCAGAUCGUCCACUUCCACCGCUCAGGAUCCCCCUCCACGCUCAGCAAGUGAGGCUGACUGCCUGAGGGGGCGGGACUUUGAUGGGGCCACAGGCGUCGCCUUGACAACUGAUUGAUUGACAGCGGGCCGGGCGUGUGACAUCACACAGGAAGUUUGAGAGGAGAGGGGCGGGGCCAGCGUUGCACAAUCAGCCAAUCAGCUUCCUCUUCUCAGCUCUUUGGGCUCCAGCCACGCCCCCUUGUGCUCAGCCAAUCAGCUGCUCCGAAUGUAACGACGCGUGGAAACCUCGUAACUCCGUCAGGAUGAUUGACAGGACAGAGGACCGCCUUAACACACCUGUAAUUAGAUCUUCAUUAGCCCCCAAACACCUCAAUAUUAGAAUGAAUUCUGGAGAUACGAGGUUUCCUGAAACUGUGUUUACUCUUUAUACUGGUUGCCAUGGUUACUAAUUACUAUUAGACCCGUUAUCUCGUUAAGACAACCAAUUAACACAUAGGUAAUUAAUGACGUCAGGUGAUGACGGUCUGAUAACGAGAUAACUGGGUCUGAAGGUGGUGAGAGAGACUGAAUGUACCUCUCUCACGGUAACUUCCUGCAAUAAUCAAUCAUUAUUACUAAUGAUUGAUUAUUACAGUGAUAUUAAAUAUUAUGAUUGUAAAAGUAUUUAUCGUUUUGUUCAUUUCUGCUUCCAUCGGGCUCCGGGAGCUCCGAGCUUCCACCUGCGAUCUUCCAUCACCCCCCCCACACCUGUGCUAACGAGCAGGGCCUUAACGAGCAGGGCCUUAACGAGCAGGGCCUUAACGAGCAGGGCCUUAACGAGCGGGUACUAAACGAGCGGGUACUAAACAAGCGGGUACUUAGCGAGCAUGGCUUUAACGAGCGGGUACUUAACGAGCAUGGCCUUAACGAGCUGGACCUUAACGAGCUGUCUGCUGCCUCGUUAGUUCAGAUGAAGAAGAGAGGGAGAACAUGACGGUGUUUCGGUCCUGAAACCUGAAUCACGUUAAAUAUAUAAUAAAUCUACGGAGGCCCAGGAGGGGCAACAGGACGCUAAUGACCUGUCAUCAAUGAGUCGUUAUGAGACCUGAAAGUGAACAUUACGUUUUAAUAUUAGUGAGUGAUGACAGCUUCCUGUUUGUCUCCUCUGGGCCUCCGUACCUCAGGUGUUGUUAACGAGGAACUCACUUUAUAACAUGACCCCCCCCCCCCCCCACCUUCAGUACAUCAUGGAUUCAGUUCUGCAUGAAGAUGCUCCUCCUCCUCCUCCCCCCCCCUCCUCAGUGUUUACCUGUACAGGUGUUUCUGCAUGAGAUUUGACUUUGUGUUUCCUGUUUCGGCUCUGCUUCGUUUUGCCGCCAUUUUGUUUUUCGGGCUCCUCCCGGUGACUCGGGACUUGUUAGCGUUGUUAGCAUUUCCCACCGGGAUCAAUGGUGUGUGCUAGCAGCGAGCUAACGAGGUGUUUGAGCUGAUAUUACUAUAACUCUAAAUAUAUAAAGCUUCUUAGUGUUAUAGCUCUUAUUAUUAUGGUGUGCAUUAAAGCUACUGUCCCCGCGGCGCCGUUAGCUCGGGGUGUUUCAGCCCGUUAGCUAGGUGGCGCCGCGGAGCUACCGCUAUGUUGCUAAGCUAACUCUGAGUUUUGUAAUCUUCGGGGCGUUUCAGUGUUUUUGCUCGAAUAACUUGCGGUGUUAUUCUAACGAGCGAAACCUGUUAGCAUUGUUAUCUUAGCCGGUGCUCAGGUUUUUUUAACAAGCUAACGUGCUAAUGUGUGGCUAACAGCAUGCAGUGGUUACUGUCAGGGAUGCUAACAAUGCUAACAGUGCUAACCAGCCGUUUCACAGGAAAUUAGAAACUGACUUCUUCAGACUGAAAAAAAACCUUUUUCUAGUUUAUCUUAUUGUCUUAUUAUCUUAUUAUCUUAUUAUCUUAUUAAUGUUAUCUAACCUCUCCCUGAAACGUCUCCACUGGACUCCUUUGUUUACUUCCUGAACACAGUGACAUCAUUAAAUAACACUCACGCUCCUAUUGGCUAGCGCUCCAACACAUUGUACGUGAUAGGCUAAGGGGCGGGACAUCUCUAAUCUGGUUGACCAAUCACAACAGAGCCGGCCAGCUAACCAAUCAGAGCAGACUGGGCUCUGGUUUCAGACAGAGGGUGAAAAGAGGAGCUGCAGCACGGGCAGUGUGAGAAAAAUAAAGAGCUUUCUGAACAUUAGAGCAUGGAGACAUGUCCCAGGAGAAACAGGUAUAUUAUUUAUUAUGGUUUGAUGUUACAGGUGUGUUACCUGAUGUUACAGGUGUGUUACCUGAUGUUACAGGUGUGUUACCUGAUGUUACAGGUGUGUUACCUUGCUUUCAGUCUGAAGCUCAGCUCUGAUUUCCCGCUCUGCAGAAUAACAAUCAGCUUUUAUACAACCAUGGAUAUUUUACUGUAUUAACUAAUGCUGCAUGCUCUGUGUGUGUGUGUUUGUGUGUGUGUGGCUGUGUGCGUGUGUUUGUGGUUGUGUGUGUGUGUGUGUGUGUGUGUGUGUUUGUGGUUGUGUGUGUGUGUGUGUGUGAGAGAGAGUAUGUUUUUAAUCUUUUUUGUAGUUUUUGGAGUAUUUCUUCUGAACCGUGUUUAAAGUGUUUCUGUAAAUAAACUGAGGUGUUCACACGC